GUAUUUCGGUAUAACCUAGAGGAAAAUACUCCUUUGUAAUGUCAAAUGAAAAUGAUGUCAGCCGGGAGUUUGAAAUUGUUGAGUAAUAUUUUCGCACAGAUAGGUUUAUGAUAUAAUAUGAUAGUUGCACAUAUUAAUAAGUUUAAUAACUGUAAGAACAGUCAUUGUGUUUAAACAAAGUUGCAACAUGUUGAAGAAAUUGUCACCAGAAACAAUGGAUUUAGAAAGUGAUUUUUGCGUAUUGCCAGACUUGCAAGGAACUUCUUCAGACAGUUUACAGCUAGAAGAUUCUUAUGUAUGGAUAGAAGAAAAUAUCACUAUCUGUCCUGGCACUCCUGGCGGAAGUUCUGAUCCUAAAGGAGCUGAACCCACUGUAGAGGUAUCACAGACAAAACACCAGCAUAUUAACACUAUUGAUGAUUCAUUCAUGUCAGAUUUAAUAGAUGUUUCAGACUACUAUAUUUUGGAUGAAUAUGACUCAACUAUUAGUAAAGUGAGUCAUGAGAGGAAAAAAAUCAUUAAUAAGAAAAAACCUAGUUUGCAAAACAUUACUCUCUCAAAUAUUGUUUGCAGUACUCAAGACAAAGAAGCAUUUAAUAUUAAUAUGUUUGAUGAGCCCACAGCAGAAAUACUGAAAAGCAUUGUUUCAUCAAAUAAUUAUUAUACAGGAAACUUUGGAAAUAUAAUAAAGAAGGGGCUAAACUCUGUAGUUAUAUUUGCCUAUAUUUCAAGAAAGGAUUAUCCAAGGGAGCCUGGUGCUAAACCUAUUUUAAUGUAUGCUACUAUCAACAAUGAGUAUAAUAAGCGCUACCGCAAUUGGCAGUCUGAAGAAAAUGCAGUAAAAGUCUAUAAACUAAGUGAAGAUAAAUCAAAUAAUGAGAGAAUAUUUCAAGAAGUUCAGAGAGAAAGAGAUAACUUACAUAUUCUAAAUAAAGCAAAAUGUAAAGUGCCACAAGUGAAACAUUCUAGCCGAAAUGUUAUUGUUAUGAGUCUGGUGGGCACAGAAGGGGUAACUGCCCCAUCAAUCGAAACUCUUGCUACCAACCCCUUGAAGCGGGCUCAAGAAAUGUACAACACUAUUAUCAAAGAUAUAGAAAUGUGGUACAAAACAUUACAUUUAGUUCAUGGAAAAUUGGCCUCAAAAAACAUUUUAUUUUGGAAUAAAGAAGUCCAUUACAUUGGAUGGUCACACUCUGUGAAGGCAACCCAUCCUUUAGCUUUGAAAAAGCUGAUGAAAGAUUGCUGUUUUAUUACCAGGUUUUUCGAAGCCAGAGGUGUCCCAGUGAGACCUGUAGAGAAGCUAUUUAAAGAUAUUACAGGGCUUAAAGAAAUUGAUGAUUCUGUGUUAAAUGUCCACCCCAAGGAUUUAUGGAAAAGCCAGCAUUUGACUAAUCCCAACAGGAUGCUACCUAGCAACACUGGCAAUCUUGGAAGAAGCUGCCGUUUUAAAAGAUGAAAAUAACACCUAAUAAGCUAUAAUAAUAUCAACUUUAGUCAACUGAAUUGAGAGGGCUUACACAAGGAACUUGGAAAGAAAAUAAAAUAAAACUACUGAACUGUU